AGCCCGCCCUACUUCACUACCCGCCAGCCCCUGCAGCGGCCGUCGCCUGGCAGCGCUGCGGCAGCCUGGCAGAGGUAAACACUGGCUGGCAGGGAGGCCGUGGCUCGCUGCUUGACCCGUGACCUGACUGGUGACCCUGCCUCGGCGGCCCCCGUGUCCUCCUCGCCUGCACUGUGUCACCGCCCUGCUGCUGUAUGUACGCACGUGUGGCUGCAUCGAGGUUCAUGGAACACAGUUUGGAAAACACAACAUCCAUCCGAUAAUUGUUCAAGCUAACAUAGAAUGAGUGAAAAGUGAAAAGAACGCUUGACUUCUUAAAAAGAGUGCAGUGACAGUGUAUGUUAUGUGAUAAUAGAGGCAGAGUUCAGUGUGUCUCAAGGGCCCGUGUUACUCCAUCAGCAGUACGCACAAAGAGAACCGUGUGAAGCGACCAUGAAUCCCAUGCCCGGCUUGCCGCCACUGCCCAAGAGUCUCAGUGGCCUCUUAACCUUCGCCAGCCGACGGGAGAGUGGUGGUGGUGGCAGCGUUGAGCGGCAUAGUCCUCCGGUGAAGGCUAACACAGAGCGCUACAGUCCACCAGUCAGGGCAGACUCCCGCACAGAAUCUCGCAUGGACUCCCGCCCAGAGUCUGCACGGUCACACUACUCCGGUGUUGGUUACGGAGCGAGUGCCUUCGAACCAUAUUACGCCAACGGCUCAAUGCAGGGGUUCUCACCGCGCUCAUCACCCCGCAGUCACUCCUCUUCCCCUCGUAAUCAGAGUGGUGGUGGCGGAGGGGGCACCUCAGGAGGCAGCAAGAGCCACAGUCCACGAGGCAGCCCGCCGGUGCCUGGCUCCAUCACGGGAAACAACCCUCGGUUGAGCCCAGCCCACGCGCCUCUCAGGCAGAGGCGACCGUCUACUUUGGACUCUCAGCUGGCCGUACUCAGGAAGGAGAUGGUUGGUCUCCGGCAGCUGGAUAUGUCACUAUUGUGUCAGUUGUGGUCACUCAACGAAUCAAUCCAAGAGUUCAAGCAGCUGGUCAAUGAGCGGGCAGCCACUGGAAUAGACUGGGGAGGGGGAGACACUUCAGCUGAAGAUACAGAUGAUUAUUAUGGCAUCCCUGUGCGGCGACCCAACCCUUACCUCCACCCUGUGCCUGAGCAGUACCCACAGUUGUCUCCCUCCUCUUCUGAGUCCAGUUUAGAAUAUGGAAACAUAUAGGGCCAUGCAACUGCCCUCUCACGACGGAACAGAGGGUCAAGCAGUCAGCUGCGUUCACUGCCUCAUCACAAGCGAUGAUGCCUCUUUUCAGAAGUUACUGCUAGGGCACCGACAUCAUCAUGAAAAUUAAUUGGUGUUGUUGAUAUUAGUCAUCAGUAAUGUUUUGUUUUUUUUGUUUGUUUUUUUCAGCUGUGCAUCAUUUUUAUACUCAGAAGAGAAGUUAUGAUCUUGAUGAAGCUACAUGCUGGAGUCAAGGGGUAAACAGAGCUUGCUGCCGUAUGAGGUGACUCAAAACAAGUCUUGUCACUUGGUCGUAGAAAGUAUUUCAGUGGAUCUUUUUGCACAAAAUGCCAAAAUCUAAAGAUUAAAUUUAUAAAAAAGAAGAUACUAUCGGUGCUCUGAUACUAUUUGGAAAGUGAAAGCAGUUGUUUUGAUUGUUGUGUAGCCUGUAUUGCAGACAGUUAUGUUGAGCCAAGUGCUCUCAAUACUUUCAUGGAUUGGCUACAUAUUUUUUCAGUUUGCCUUUUUAAGACCUGAGAAAAACAAAUGCUAGUGUUUGACAUUUCCUGAAAUUUAUUAAAUUUUCAUAAAAAAACAAAGGUCAGUGAAUUUGAACCAUCCAUAUAGCCACCACUCAUACUGCAGUGUUUGCAAGGAUAUCACAACCUAACUGUGUGAAAUCAUAAUCCAGAGAGCUUUUUUAUUUAUUUUUAUUUAUUUAUUUAUUUUUUUUACUGAAAACUUGCAGCAAAACUUUUAUAGAUGAAAAAUACUGUAAUAGAACUGUCUCUAUGUGUGUAUCCUUGCUGCACCCAAGAAGCUGACCCUUAAAUGAAGCAGUGCUUGGACAAUCAGACUGAAGUCUUCAGUCUCUUGAGUCAUCUCAUAAUGAUGCAAAACACCCAGCAUGUUGGCUUCACUUUAUAUAUAU